ACAAUCGAAUCGAGCCGCUCGGUAUGCCAGUGUUCACCGGAGCAGGCGACUUCAUUUCCUCAUUUGGACGAUUUUCUCAAUAGUGUUUCGGUGGAACUCGAGCUUGAUUACGCUCACAAGAAUAAGUUUGCCCUUUCAAUCGUUCCGCAAAACGGAGGCUCGGGAUGACCAACAUUUCGGGGACCGAUUCGACCGUUCUUACGGGCCAUUUAACCUCAAAAUCGGAUUUUUCAGUUUGGCUCGUGGAAGAUUCGUUAUCUACCGACGGGUUGUAAAGAACGAGCGUUUGGUAGUCAGUCUCCUCGUGCAUGACAAAUUAACACCAUCUCGUUAAGAGCGAAAAACAUAUAUGGACAACGUUACAUCGUGACCAUUUUUUUACGACGAGUUUCAUGGCAAAAGCAUGGUCGAGCGAACCCUCUGAAAAAAUGCUUGAUCGACCCAGUUUUUCGCUACAGAGAUACGAGCUACUCACGGCAGAAAAGGCACACUGGGAAAAAACGUUAUUGAGAUCGUUCCUUCGAUUUAGAUGGAAAAUGCGGAAUUUCAGCCUCUUCUCGCCCCCUCGUCCUGCGUCCCGGGGGCUGAGACUUUUUUCUAAAAUUCAAGGUGUGCGUCGAGCGAGCGUACACCAUUGAUAAACGAAGGCGAUGCUUCUGGGUCGAGUUCCAACGAGAAGACCUCCCCAAUACCAUCAAUUUUAAUUGAACGAAGCUAUUUUCUCUCCCAGCGGUUUGCAUAGUCAGCGUGCGGCUUCGGCGAACAGAAAAAUUGAACGAUUUCGAGAUAAAUUUCGAUGAAAAACGUCGAACAAUUAUUAUUGAUCACGCGGACAAAAUAAUGGAAACUGAAAGAAAAGUUCUGUGGAGAUGAACGACAGAAACGAGAAUUGGGAGAGAAACCGACGGUUUUCAGAUUAUUCGUUUCUUCAGAGCGACUCACCGAGGGAAACUCGAACGUGUUUGCUCGCCUAUGCUGCUCUUUGCUCCACUAUAUUCCUUUUGUCACAAUGCCGCAAGCCUCGUUUGUGCUGCACAGAAGAAAGCUGCGUCGACAAUCGUGUAGGCGAUUCAAAAAAAUGAGAUUUAUCGAAGAAUCUGUAGUGAAAGGCGGCGCGCGCGCGCGACCGUUGGGCACAACCGCGAGCGAAAUCUCGUCUGGCCAUCGCUUUUCGGACAGCUCGGACACGCCAUUAUUUCGAGGCGUCAAAUUUAUUCGCAUUAUCGAUGAGCUCGCAUAUAAAAUAAUAAAUGGAGGUAUUAGUAUGUGGAAGGGCGGGGGAUCGGGACAUAAAAUUGGAAAGUGGGCGUGAAACGUGAUCAUUAGGUCGCGAAAGCUCAUCGGGAAUGGCGAGCGAAGAAGUGCGAAAAAGCAACGUCGUAAUUUUCGUCGUUUCGGUCUUAGUGUGGCCAGUGCUCGUUCAACGCUCCACCGCAAUCGUGUUGUCCUCGCGGCUCGGGAGAAAAACGGUUCCUCGUUUGGAGGAUCGCUCAAGCGGUUUCUUCCGGUCGACGAUCCUCCGAUAUUCGGGGGAAAUCGGGAGCCAGCCUCCGACCGUUCAUCUCAUCGUUCAGGCGGCCUCGCUCUCGGCGACUAAUUACGGGGCUGAAGUCGUCGAGAGAUACUCCGAACUGGGCAUCCCCGUCGUCCUCUUAAGGUACAACAAACAAUCGAAAAAAAGGCCGAGCAGCAUCUUCGAUCGAGACUGCCGGACGUGCUUGAAGCUCCGGCACGUGAUCGGGAUUUUCGAGAAUCCGGAGGCCGUCAGACCCGAAGAGUGGAAAAUCGCUUACAGCGGGAUCUGGAACCCGGGAGCCUUCGUCGCGAUAUUUUUCAGUGAGAAAUCGUUCGGUCGGAAGAGCGUCGACGAAACGUUGGCGAGCUUCUGGAGCGUCGAUUGCUCGAACGUUGUCUUCGUCCUCGCGAAUCACAAGAAAAGCACGAUUUUCAGCUACGAUCCUUUCGUCCCCGAGUCCGAAGGCUCCGGAGAACGGUCGAACGCGACGGGAUCGGUGUACGUGGUGAACCCCGAAGAUUCGUUGUUCCCGGAGAAGCUGAGAGACCUCCGGGGUUACGGGAUCGGUACGUCGAUCUACGGGCACGGUCCCCACACGAAUUUGCAAUCGAAUAAAUCCGUUUUGGAAGGCGCGACGGGAGUGGACGUCGAGAUUUUCCGCUACGCCGCGGAGCGUUUGAACUUCUCGGGCCGUUUCGUUACGAGCGACGAGGACGCGGCGAGUCACCUGGUUCAGCUCCCGUGCGGCAGGACGGUCGGCCCGAUCGGAGACAUUUUGACCGACGCGUCCGAGUACCUCGCGAACGGCCAGUUUUUGGAAAUAAUCCAACUGUACAAUCACAGCCUCGAGUUUUUGUAUCCUCGAUGGAGAUUGCGUACGGUGGUUCUGGUGCGGAGGGAGUCGCCGUUGCCGGCUCUGAUCCGGUGGAUCAGGCCGAGCGGGAGCGAAGAAUCCAUCAGAGCUCAACGCCUCGUCGUCUUCCUCGGCGGUUCUGUCGGUCUCGCGGCGCUCAUAGUUUAUCUGCGCUUGUUAAAAAAGCGGAGCAGAGGCGAAACCCUCCUGGCGAUAAUCGGGCUCGGGAUUUUCCAGCGUUUCCCUAAAAUCGGGAAACUCGUUUCCGAGCGAAUAUUUUGCAUCGCUUGGGUUCUAUCGAUCUUCGUCUUGUCGACUGUUUAUCAGGGAAAUCUCGUGAACGAUCUAACCUCGCCGCCGGUUUACGAAGACAUCAAUGCCCUCGGGGAUCUGGUAGAUCGCGUUAAAACUCUGAGGCUUAUGAUAAGACCGUACGAGCGUAGGAUUCUCGAGCACCGCGCGACUCCGCCCAGAGAAGACCCGAUCGGGCAAGAGCUUUUCGAGCACUCUCACGUCCUCUUGAACUUCUCCGCGUGCCUCGAUUUCAUGAAGAAAUCGCCGAACGUCGCGUGCUCCAUCGACGAGAGUUACGGCAAGUACAGGCUCGGCCAAAUGCGUCGUUACGAAUUGAUUCUCCAAAAGGACCCUGAGGCUCGCGUGCCCGGAUUGCCUCUCGGUUACGUCCUCCCCCCGAUCCACAUACUCGACGAGGGCCUCGUCGCUUUUUGGAGAACUUACUUCGUCAGACGGGGCUUUCCUUAUCUGCGUGUCAUUGACGACGCGAUUGCUAGAGCUGUGGAAUUCGGACUGACGGAAAAGUGGUUCAGGGACGACCGGGAAUCGGGCUUCAGGGAGCCCGAGUUGAGCUCCCAGCCUCAGCCCCUCGGACUCAUUCACAUGGACUACACUUUCGGGAUUCUACUCUUCGGCCUCUCGCUCGCUUCUCUCGUAUUCUUCGCCGAAAUCGCAAUCGCCCGCAUUCGACAAGAAUCCUGAUUUAUAUGCGUUCUCGCAUAUAAAUCGACGCCCCUCAACAUGCUGCCAAUAAGAAUUGCACUCGCAAAACGCGGAGAGAACACCGCUGGCUGCUGCAUGGGAUAUGCUGGGACAUGUUCGCGGGAUGAAACUUGGGUCGAUAGAGCUACGAGCACGCGUGGGAGCCUCACCCUUCGAAUCUACGCGUGUUUUUCCAAAGAGAUCCAACCCAGCUUCCUCCUCAUCCGUUUCCUGCGAUCUACUCCUCUCUCUCUCUCUCUCUCUCGCUCUUCCUUCGCUCCUCCGCUUCCUCCCUCUUCCCUUCUUUUCCCUGCUCUCGUUCGCUCUUCUGUUUAUAUGCCCCUUGGCUUAUUCAACCGCUAUACGCACCCGAGACCGAUUGAUCGCGUUCACGAUUGCACGAAUCUCGUUGAUCGUCGAUGCCUUUGCCGCGGGGGUGGGGGGAGCGAGCGAAAAAGCUCUUCGCGUAUAUAGAGAAUACGCGAAUCCUGGGAAUGUCCCGGGUCCGGCUGCUGCCACUGGAGCUGCUUCACGUUACACCCACGUCAGAUAUUUCGACAAAGGUCAUAGGUUACUGGGUCGCUCUCAUUACCGAAUUUUUACGAUUGUAUUUUUGAAAGUUGGCAAACUUUCUUAUGUUCGUUUUAUUAAGCUUAAUUGUAGCGAGCUCGAGGCCUGUCGAUGAUUAAUAAAACGCACGAAAGCCGAACAA